CGAGCUGAAUCAUUCAAAGCUACAACUUUGCAGCGUGAACAUCGCAGAGCCAACAGAAGAAGAAAAGUGCUAAGACUGUAAAUUAAUUGUGGAUUACGCGUGAUAUCGUCAAGUUUCAUCAACAAAUUAAAUCAAAAAUUAUGGUGCUGGAAAUGGAAAUGUCCAAGACUUACCAAUACCGCAAGGUAAUGAAGCCCAUGCUGGAGCGCAAGCGUCGCGCCCGCAUCAACAAGUGCCUCGACGAGCUGAAAGACAUCAUGGUCGAGUGCCUGACCCAGGAGGGCGAGCACAUCACACGCCUGGAGAAGGCCGACAUUCUCGAGCUGACCGUGGAGCACAUGAAGAAGCUGCGCGCCCAAAAGCAACUGCGUCUCGGCAGCAGCGCCAACAACAGUGCCGACUCCAAGCUGAGCAUUGCGGAGAGUUUUCGUGCCGGCUACGUGCAUGCGGCCAAUGAAGUGUCUAAAACUUUGGCUGCAGUUCCCGGCGUCAGCGUGGAUCUUGGCACCCAACUGAUGAGCCACUUGGGUCAUCGUCUCAACUACUUGCAAGUGGUGGUGCCCACUCUGCCCAUUGGUGUCGCUGUGCCCAUGCAGACAUCCGAUGAGCUUGGCAGUGGCAGCAGCGGCAGUCCCAGUCCAGCCUUGGUGACUCCACCUCCCUCGGAAUGCGGCAGUGCCAGUGGCAGUUGCAGUCCAGCGCCCAGUGAGGCAAGCAGCAGCUCGGGUUCCAUGUGGCGUCCCUGGUGAAUGCAGCGACAGGCGACAACCUUGAUGCCCCAAGGUGUUGACAACUUACUCAAAUACCCAGGACAGCUGUCCCAAGGUAUGCGCUGGAUUGGAAGCCGCGCGCAAACUCAACUGUGCUGAUGUCUUUGCCAGAGUCAAUAAUACGGCUAAGCAAAAGAUCGGAGCCCACUUCGUUAGAGCCGUAAAUUUUGGCUAAGGAGUGCGGCUAAUUUCAUGUACACAGCGAAAGCUGUUA